AUGUCUCUUUGGCCCCAGGACAUUGGGGUCCACAGUAUUGACAACUGUGUUGUCCUUGGCAAGCACUGCAGGAAUUCUGUGGCUUCAAGAUCUUUUGGGCUCCUAAGUGGCACCUCCAAGACUGGUAGCAGGGCAGGCAGUGGUGGUGGUUGGAGCCAGUGGUGUGCACAUACUCGGCUGCAGGGGCCAGCUUCAGGUGCCUAUGUAGUGGCAGAGGGGGCCAGAGCAGAGAGACCCCUCCACCAGGAGGAUGUACACAGCUCAUGGACCUUUCCAGACAUAGAUGCAGCCUCUGGGGGGAGCUGGUCCUUGUGGCAUGGGCCCAUGUUCAGCAGCCGGGAAAGCAUGUCCAUGACAAGACUGCUGAUCAGGGGGUCUCAAUUAAGUGACACAGGGAGCUACACUGUGUGGGUAGAAGCCAGCAACGGGACCCAGAGAGCAACUGGCUGGCCUGAGAUUCGAGAGUUGGAAAUCCCAGUCAUCUCAGUCAACAUCAGCUCCGUGGCAGAGAACAUGGAUUCCGUGGCUGCUGUCUGCCACACCAGUGCCACCAACGUCAAGUAGUAUGUGAGUUACACACAGGUGUCCAGCUAUGACCACAUGACAGUCUUCCCAGACAGCAAGACACUCAUCAUCCAAAGGGUCAGCAGCUACAACUCACCACUUCAGUGUGGGAUAGAAAUCCUCCCACAGAUUAUUGAGAGAAGUGAAGUAAUCUUUCCGACAUUGACCUAUGGUCCCUCCAGUGUGCUGAUCAGGAGUAAGCCCUGUAACUUCAAUGGCAUCCUGCCUGCUGAGAUGGGUUCCCAGGUGGAGAUGGAGUGUAUCUCCUAUUCCAGACCAGAAUUCAAGUACCAGUGGAUCCACAAUGGCUUCCUCCUGAACUUCUCAGAAAAAAUUACCCUCCUGAAUCUGAUCUGGGACCAGAUGGGCAGAUACAGAUAUCAAGAAGUCCAGCUCCAGGUGCCCUGGCAGGACUGCUUUUAGCAAAGGUUUCACCAUCUCAGGAUCCUUGCUGGUAUUUCUCAUCAUGGUGACAGCAGUGGGCAGUGUCCUCUUCUGUGCAUUCCUCAUUCAUACCCUGAUCAGACAUUACUCUACCAGGGCAAAUUGGGCUACAUGACCAUCCACCUCAGACAUAGAAGACAAGACCAGAUGGGCAAGGAGGGUUCCAACUACCCUACUUCCUUAUCCGACACCAUGGGACCAUCAGAUAUGCCCCAUCUCAACAUUGCCAGGGACAGAGAAAUGGAACAACCUAUACAUGCCCAAUAA